AUGGUGAAUGCUGGUGAGUCAACAAUAAUUAUUGAUGUUGAUGAGUCAUAUAGGCAUAACUGCCUAUCUUUAUAUUUUUAUUACAUUUUAUCAAUAUUUGAUUAUUUAAUAAUAAUUAAAAUUUUAAUGGUAAUAGAAUUUUUUUAAUUCCAUUUGUUUAAGCUAUUCAAACUGAUCCAUGGCCAGUAACAAAUGAGACAGAGUUAGGGCUAGAGGAUGAAUCAGAAGAUGAGCAGGAAAUGCAGGACGAGGCGUAUGAGGAGUUUGAGUGUGAUGAAGACCCUAAAUGGAGUCCUGAAGAAAUCGAAGAUGCAUAUAAAAAACUAAAGGAAGAUGAUGACUCGGUGAAGACUCAUCAGAACCCAAGGUACAAAGAUGCAAAAUUUAUUGCAUUUUAACAUCGUAGCUCUAAGUAUCCUCUGGGAAGUGAUUUAGGCCUAAAACUAACUUCCAUUAUGAGAGGAUCUAUUUAGAAACAAGAGUACAUGGAACUUGUUUUUUAAUUUACUCAGAUAAGAAUUGCCAAAAAAAAAAAAAAAAAAAAAAAAGAAGAGGCAUAGCCAGCCCAUAGACUGGAAGUCCCAGGCCUAAAAAUGUUUGGUUUGUCCACUCAGCCACUUGUAAUAAAUUAUGCAUUGUUGGGGUGGGCUAGAUAGCUUAAGGGCUCAAAGUUGUCAUGUGUGCAAUCAACAGAAUUAUUAUAAAAAAGCAUUUUUCAGGAUGUAUGUGAGAAUAAAAUCCCAACCCACGAUUAGCCAGGUUUACAACAAGUUGAAAAACUGGCAACACCCUGAGAAAAACAAUAAAAAUGAUAAUCAUUUUUUUUAUUGUUAUUUUAUUAUUUCAGAGGCUAUGAUUAAAUGAGUAUUUCCUUUCAAUCAUUUUUUACAGGUUGGAUCUACAAGGAAAAAACAUUCGAGAGAAAUCGAAGGGAAUUGUUUUCCUUUCCAAACUUCUUCUUUUGUUUCACUUCUGCCACUUGUGCUUCUUUUCAAAACCCAAACUUUCUGUAUCACAUACUGGUACCUUGUUUACCGUAGAAAGUUUCUGCAGAAACUGUAGCUAG